CGAGGGUGAGGGCGACGAGAGAUAUUAUUUCGCUGGAGGAGUACGCCUCUUUCCAAGCCAAUCUCGACCUCAAUCUCAACCUCACCUCAGAUCAACUCAACCAGGUCUCUCUCUUUCUCUCUCAUCAUCCUCACCAUCACCACCAUCAUUUUUUCACGGUCGCAUGAGCUACUGAAUGCGUGUUUUCCUGCUAUGGAAACACCGGCAUUCAUCAGCAUUGUCGUUGCCAUCGCCGUCGCUGUCCUUGACGCUAUCCUCAUGAACCCAGAGAGGAACGGAAAAUUCAUCAAUGGAUCGCCCUCUCUUUCAUUGUUCAUGGCUUUCUAUUGGAACCAGGAAUCUUUCAGAACUCAGCGUCUUGGGUUUCCCAUGCAUGCCCGUCAGAUGCCGUCGUUGAUAUUCUUUUUCCCAUCUCCUGAGAUCCUUGUUUGGUUUGCCUUCUUCCCUGUUCAGAUUCUGAGCAUGCAUGGAUUCUGCAAACUCUAUCGAGCAAAGGUUCACCUGCUGGAGGCGCUGGGCUCGGUGCAGCUGGUGAGCCCGUUCAGGUCCACGCUGGUAGUGGGUGCGAGGCCCGCGCCAUUGACGCCUGACGACGUCGCCCUCGACGCGGCGGACCUCAACUGGAGGGAAUGCCCCAUGGUGUCCAUGAAUUCCUUAACGUUGGGCAGCGCUGCGAUGGCAGCGGCGGCGGCGGAGGUGGAGGAAGUGGGAGGAGCUUCACAUUUGCUGCAGAAUGUAGCGGAGGCCAGGCGCCAGCGGUCGAGCUUUGCCCUGGGGCCACCCCUCCACCGUCAGGCCAUCCCCAAGAAGAAGCGGACCAGGCGCGUCAAAGUCGCCGAGGCCGAGCUGCUGGUUACCGCCUUGUUCGGCAGCAAUGGCUCCCCCCCCAUGGUCGACGACGUUCUCGGCCUAAGCCGCUGAAGACCCAACAUACACACUGACAAAAGAAGAGAGAGAGGGAGAGAGAGCGCGACGUUUGUUUGGACAGCAAUGGCUGCUUCGCUCCAUAUGUGGCAUCUGGCUCGGUGAGGAUGAGGUGCAACGCUAAUUGAACGAAAGUUGUUGAAAAUUACAUUUCACAAAUCAAUUUUUUUGAUCAUUUUCCCUUAUAAAAACUUAACUAUG